ACCACUCGUUCUUGUGUUCCGUCCGUGCAUAUGAAAUCAAAUCAAUGCGCUACUCAGUAAAAUAGACUUACUGCCCUCUGGGAGCAGACAGAGAGAACGGGCGGGGUAGCAGAAGUGUGGGGUAGAAAGAGGAGGAAAAGCAGAGAGCUGUCAGACAGACAUUCACACACACACACACACACAGCCACAGAGAAACUAUUUCAGCCAUGGCCUCAGAGAGCGAGAUCGAGCUAGAGUUCGCUGAGGACCUGCAGCUGACCGAGGUGAUGCGGCUGAGGUUUCAGUCUCUGCAGCAGCGUGGCCAGAAGAGGCAAGACGGUGAACGCUUGCUUCUACCCCAUGAGGCAGUAUACCGGCUGGACUUCACCGAUCAGGAACUGACCUUUUCUCACUGGAACGUGACCCUGACCGGAGCAGGCCGCCUUUCCAUUACAGGUAUCUCCCAGUUGUGGACACCUGACCUCACCAACCUGAUGACGCGCCAGCUUCUGGAGCCAACGGGCCAGUUUUGGAGAUCGGCUGGUGACCCAGAGGACGCGCCCAUUAAAUGCCUGGAGGCUGACAUCCAGGAAUUUGGAGAGAGGAUCGCUGAGCUGGCCAAGGUCAGAAAGGUCAUGUACUUCCUGUUCGCAUUCAAGGAGGGAGUGGAGAAAGACGGCGUAAAGUGCUCGGUGGUGUUCAAGAGGAACGCCUAGGCCGGGUUACGAGCUCAGAAAGUCAUGUAGUCUUUUGCCGCUUUUCUAUCCUACUGUCGUCAGAGAAUGAGUUAAGAGUGAAAUUGUUUGCACUUUGACAUCAGACUAAUUUAAAUGAUUAAUGAAAUGCAUGUGUAUACGUUUAUAUACGCUACAUCUAAAAUGCUGCUUUAAUUGUAAUGAUUUCACUGAAAAGUAUAUUAAUAGAUGCAUUUUGAGAUUAUAGAGAUGUAAUAACAAAGCAAAAGCCUGUAAUGUAAUACUGCAUAUAAUAUUAUACACUGUGCUGAUAAGAGAUUGUGUGUUGGUUCGAUAUCAAACCCCACCUCCAAUGUUCUGCCAACGUUAAACUAAGGUUUAUUUUAUGAAAAGCUAAACAUAUAUGCUAAAUUUAAUGAG